AUGUAUACAUAUUAUGAUGACAACCUCCUAGGUUAUGUGCGCUGGUCACCCAACGUCAACUACACCGACUGGGCGGAUGGGCACGAGUUCCACGUCGGCGACUUGCUCGAAUUUGACUACGAGAAGAACAGGUACGACGUGGUGCAGGUGAACGAGACGGCGUACGCGAAGUGCGACGGCAGCAGCCCGAUCCUCAGCUACAGCCGCGGCCGCAACUUCAUCUUCCGCCUCAACACGACGGGCCGGCUCUACUUCAUCUGCAGCCGCGGCUACUGCUGGAACGGCAUGAAGGUGUCCGUGCUCGUCCGGCCCGCGCCGCCGCCACCGCCUUACGUAGUCGUGUUCGAGGGAAAUAUCAAAUAA